UCUGUUAUGUUCUGAACCCACACAUGUUUUCGGAAGGACCAGAUGGCUGACACUGGCUAAUGGGAACCAAAAGACAAGAGUGAAAGUAACCUGGUUGUCACAUACCCCCACCUUAGAGGUGCUUCACCCUGCCCCAAGGUCAAUUCCUUUUUCCCUGGAGACUUCACCCUGCUGUGUCAAAAAACUGUACUCCAGCAUGACUUAUCUGAGGCUAGAGCACCACUAAGGCAACUGCAUUUGUCAAAUGGGAAAAGACUGUACUCGGGACCUUGGAGAGAAGCAUCAGCCUGUAAAAGGCAGUGAACCUUACGUUUUCGAGUCAUGGAUCUGAGUUCAAAUGCAGCUCCACCACGCCUUAGCUUGGUGACAAAAACCUACUUGUUUAGCCUCUCUAAGCCUCAGUUUUCUCAUUAUAGAACGGAAAUAAUAAUAAUAAUAUAUUCUUUAUAUUUGAUAUAAGGAAUCAAUGUAAUAUUAUGGAUAAAUUCUUUACCAUGUGCCAAGCUCUGUGCUAAAUACCCAACAUGCACUAGCCUUUGUUGUUAUUGAAGAGCUCAUAAUCAAAUGAGAAGGCAGGCACAAAGGAAAGAACAAGGCUUGAAGAACCACAAAAGCAUGCACGUAAAGCAUAAAAUUGAAAUGCUAAAAUGUUUGAACUCAGGCAGUUUUCUAAGGCUUCGUGAAAAGAGGUAAACUCUCAGACAUGGGAAAAGAUUGACGUGAUAUCACUUGUGUAGUCAGGUGUGGGUUUAGAGAAUGAAUUUAAAAAGCUCUUCCGGGGUCAUUCUAGAUGACUAAGCAAAAGAAUGAUUUAGCUGAGUUUCGCUGCUAUAAAGAGACACAUUGAUUAAGUAAAAAUAGCUGCAUCCUAGAAUUACGUCAGUUGGUCAGACAGGUAGAGACAGCCCUGAGUGCCCAGCAAAAUGAGAAAACUGGAACUUGUCAGUAGACCCAGUUCGCAACCCGAGAGAACUUGUCAAAAGCGAUGUCAAGGUUGUUGGGAGUGAAUUAGGUGGUCAGGGGAUCCAGAAGAGAGAAAUCAUGAGGUAGGUUUUCUUCUUUGAAGGUGGGGAAAGAUCAAGUGCAGACUGAGCUGUGGCCAACGUGUGCAGACCAGGAAUCCACACUAGCUCUAAUCAGAAAGCUCUUGGUGUGCGGAACUGCCAGUUUGCCGACGUGAAAAGAGCCCCAGACUGGGUAAUGGUGAGCCCUGAAGUCGCACCCCAGCUCUGCCACUCAGUGAGCACGGGGCAGACUCAAGGGCCCUGCCCUUAACAUACAGUGCUACUGACUCUAGAUUGAGGGUUCAAGCCACCCGUGGGUUAACUUCAACAGAUGAACAUUUUUCCUUGGCUACAGCAACAUCCCUAAGCCUGACCAGCCAUGGAGAGGUUCGGUUCUUACCAGGAAAAUGAGUGAAUGUGGGAAUGGCUCACCACAUUGGGAAAACAAAACACAUCCUGCUGAUGGUUGGCUGAGGACUGUCAUGUCCACAUACAAAGAAAAAGCAUGUGGCACAGUUUUAGGACAAAGGUAUGGUUUUGUGGAGUUUGAUGAUCUGCGCGAUGCAGAUGAUGCUGUUUAUGAACUCAAUGGCAAAGACCUUUGCGGUGAGCGAGUGAUUGUGGAACAUGCCCGGGGCCCACGGCGGGAUGGCAGUUACGGCUCUGGACGCAGUGGCUAUGGUUAUAGAAGAAGUGGCCGAGAUAAAUAUGGCCCUCCCACCCGCACAGAGUACAGACUUAUUGUGGAGAAUUUGUCAAGUCGGUGCAGCUGGCAAGAUCUAAAGGAUUACAUGCGUCAGGCAGGAGAAGUGACCUAUGCAGAUGCUCACAAGGGUCGCAAAAAUGAAGGGGUGAUUGAAUUUGUCUCUUACUCCGAUAUGAAAAGAGCUUUGGAAAAGUUGGAUGGAACAGAAGUCAAUGGCAGAAAAAUAAGAUUAGUUGAAGACAAGCCUGGCUCUAGACGACGCCGAUCCUACUCGAGGAGCCGGAGUCAUUCAAGGUCUCGCUCUCGGAGCAGACAUUCCCGGAAGAGCAGAAGCCGAAGUGGCAGCAGCAAAAGCAGUCAUUCUAAGAGUCGAUCCCGCUCCAGGUCAGGCUCCCGCUCCCGGAGCAAGAGCCGCAGCCGGAGCCAGAGCCGCAGCCGGAGCAAGAAGGAGAAGAGCCGGAGCCCCAGCAAGGAUGACAAGAGCCGCAGCCGGAGCCGCAGCCGCAGCGCCGGCCAGAGCCGCAGCAAGAGCAAAGACCACGCGGAAGAGAAGGCACAGAACAAUGCCAGCGCCGGGAAGUCCAAGAGCCGGAGUCCCAGUCGGCAUAAGAGCAAGAGCAAGAGUGGCAGCAGGAGCCCAGCGAGGGCCGCGGAGGAGGAGAAGCGCAGGAGUGGCAGCCCGGAGCCCAGCCGGAGCCAGGAGAAGAGCGACCCCAAGAGCCGCAGCCGGAGCCGGAGCAAAGGGGGCAGCCGGAGCCGCAGCCGGAGCCGCAGCAAAAGCAAGGACAAGAGGAAGGGGAGGAAGAGAAGCAGGGAGGAAAGCCGCAGCCGCAGCCGCAGUCGUAGUCGCAGUCGCAGUCGUAGUCGCAGCCGCAGUCGCAGCCGCAGCCGCAGCAAGAGCGAAAGGAGCAGAAAACGCAGCAGCAAGCGGGACAGCAAGACGAGCAGCAGCAAGAAGAAGAAGAAGGAAGACACCGACCGCUCCCAGUCCAGGUCGCCAUCCCGCUCGCGGUCAAAGGAGCGGGAACAUGCCAAGUCCGAGUCUGGCCAGCGGGAAGGCCGGGGGGAGAGCGAGGACGCCGGCCCCAAGCAGGAGAGCCGGUCCAGGUCAAGAUCCAAUUCCAAAUCGAAACCAAACCUUCCAUCAGAAUCACGUUCCAGAUCAAAGUCCGUGUCGAAAAACCGAUCGCGAUCCAAGUCGCGGUCCAGAUCUGCUUCUAGAUCACCCUCACGGUCUAGAUCCAGGUCCUAACUGGUUACGGCCACAGCUGGAGCCGCCGGAGAAGUCUUUUGUACAUGUUUGGUAGCCGUAGCACAAGUGAUUGAAGUAGAACAUGUCACUGCUGUACAUUUUUAACUCCCUUGAUGGUGUGUCUAUAAUUGUGAAAUCUAAGUGCUUCCUCUCAGUAAAGCCUCCUGGCGCCAGGCCUCCUGCUCGACUGAAAAAAACAAGGAAAA